AUGAGACACGAAGAACCCUCUUCAGGCGGCAGUGCCAAUGGCUGGGAGAAGCAGAUUGCCAACGGCAAACCGCCGACGAUGGAAGAGCUCGCAGUGUCCCCAAAUGUGCGGAGUCAGAUCCCGAGUCUCCUUCAGAAGGUCGCUUCAGGCGGUUAUGAGUAUCUCGCGACAGGCGAUCAAGCACGCUUGAAACUGCUUGAAGAGGCGCGGGCAUUAGUGUAUGCUCUCGAAACACCCCGAGAGGCAAUUAUACGCCACUGCUGGUCCGAGGCGACGAGUUACGCGGCACUCGAGACUGCCGUCGCCUUGCAACUAUUCAAUGCCUUGGGAACCGACGAUCAACCAAAGUCGGUGGUGGAGCUCGCGAACGCGACAGGAUCGGAUCCGGCGUUGUUAGGGCGUAUCAUGAAGCAUCUCGCCGCAAUGGGUGUCAUCACUGAAACGGGCAGCGACGAAUAUCGCUCGACUGGGUUUUCGAAGGUCCUAACUGUCGACAAGUAUAGCGAUGCCUUUCCGCUCAUGACAUCGCGCUUUACGAUGGGAAUCCUCGCGCUUCCGGAAUUCUUGGAGAAGACCAACUAUCGUAAUCCGACGAGCGCAACAGAGACAGCGUUUCAACUGGGCUACAAGACGGAUAUGGGGUUCUUCGGCCACCUCCAGCAGGAGCCACUUACGGCAAAGCGCUUCAACAACCACAUGGGUGUCUACGCCCAAGGACGCGUCCGCUGGAUGGACCCCGGAUUCUAUCCGGUUUACGAGCAGCUCAUUGCUGGUACGGAGAUGAGCGAUAAUGAUGUUCUUCUAGUUGAUGUCGGGGGGAGCUUUGGGCAUGAUCUCUUGGACUUUCGUCGCAAGUGGCCUGAUGUCCCCGGGCGACUGGUCCUGCAGGACCUGCCCGAGGUUGUGGCGUCAGUCAAGGAUCUGCAUCCAACCAUCGACGUGACGGCUCAUGACUUCUUUACUGAGCAGCCAGUCAAGGGUGCCCGCGCAUACUACAUGCACUCGGUUCUCCACGACUGGCCCGACGAGCUCUGCGGCAAGAUCCUGGCCAACCUCGUCGCAGCUAUGAAGCCGGGAUACAGCAAGAUCCUCAUCAACGAGAAUGUCAUCCCGGACACGGGGGCGUAUUGGGAGACUACGAGUCUCGACUUGAUCAUGAUGCAGAUUGGUUCGGGUGAACGGACGGAGCGCAAGUGGCGGAAGCUGUUGGAAUCGGCUGGAUUGAAGGUUACCAAUAUCUGGACGGCACACCGGGGCGUGGAGAGUUUGAUUCAGUGCGAGCUGGCUUGAUCGUGGUGAUCUCUUUUAACCGUGCAAACAUCAAUAUAUGUUUAUGCAUUAUAUCCGAUCCCACACACAUGGACCUGAGAAUCUGUAUUAUUGGUUCUUCACCUCAGCCUUGGAUGGAAUAAUAUAAACCGCCCUCCAUACAAGCAGUUCAGUAGUCAGCCAUGACAUACCGUCGGAAGCUGCUCAAUAGACGAACUUUUCCUUCA